UAACAUUUUAUUGCACGGCCUCAAUUAAAAAGAUCAAUGCUGAGAAUGGAUGGUAUUAUGUCUCCUGUGAUGAGUGUCCUAAAAAAUUGAAAAAACAUGAAUCCAAACUAUUUUGUGAGACAUGUAUGAAAGUAUGUGGAUUCCCAAAAAUUAGAUACAGACUUGACAUGCAAGUUGGUGAUACAACAGAACAUGCAAAUUUUGUAGUGUUUGACAAGGAAGCAGAGAAGUUAAUUAAAGUGCCUGCUAUGCAACUCUCCAAUAUGGAAGAAGAGGAUGAAGACGAUGACAAUAUUAUUCCAAGUAGCAUCAAACGCAUAAUUGGAAAAACCUACAUCUUCCAAUUGAAAAUUACUGCAUACAAUUUUUUCGUUCGCAAACAAAACUUUACAGUAACUAGAGUCAUUGAAAUUGAAGGAAACGGACAAUUACAGGAAACAACAAAAAGAGGGGCUAACAAUGGAAAUGAAGUACUUGAAGAAAAAAUCUGUGCCCAAGUAAAGAAAAGAAAGAUUGUGAAGAAGUAAGUACAAUUGCACAAAUAAAUAUUAUUUGGUUCUUUUUUAAAACUUCACACAAUCUUUAUUUUCCUAAACAAGAAAAUAACUUCUGUAUUGUUUCUGUUUUGCAAAGAAAUAAAAAAAGAGAAAGUGGAAGAUCAAAUAGAAGU